AUGUCUGAAAUUCAUCGACCAAAGAAUCAACAAGAAACAAAGAAUGAACGCCCAGAUAGAUUGGGUACAAAUAUUUAUUCUUCGAACGACGGUAAAAGUAUGCAUAAAUCAUUAAAUGGUGAAUUUACUUUUUAUCAAAUGUUAAUUGGACAAAUUUUCGAUGAAAAACAAUCAUUAGCAAAUAAAAAAAAUUCUCUGGUGGAAUACUUUAAACCAACUGAAAAAAGUGACAAAAAGAUUAUGAUGGAGUUCGAUACUGCAUAUAAACCGGAGAAAGCAAUUCAUUGGUACACGAGAGAAACAUGUGUUUAUAAAAUUUUAAAUAAAGCUUUACGAACACAAAAUAUGGAUAAGAUUUUUCCAUUUGCACCAUUCAUCAGAGAUAUCAACAAGCAAUUAAGUGAUGAACAUAAAUUAUGGGUUGAAAAGCAAAAAACAUCAAGUAUUACAGUGCAUCGAGGACAACUCAUUAGUAAAGAUGAAGUUACUCUUCUUAAAUCAAAUCAAGGACAAUUACUAUCAACUAAUUCAUUUUUAUCUACAAGUACAAAUAAAGAGAAAGCUUUAGAGUUUGCCAAAAGUCAAUCACCACCAAAUGAUGAAUUAACAACGAUUUUAUUAGAAAUACAAACUGAUUUAAAAGCUGUAACUAAGCCAUAUGCUGAUAUAAAGCAUCUAAGUGCUUUUUCCAAAGAAGAAGAAGUUCUUUUCAUGUUUUCUAUGGUUUUUCGCAUUGAAAAUGUUUGUUUCGAUGAAGAAAAUAAACUUUGGCUUGCAAAAUUAGUUGCAUGUUCACAAACUGAUCCAGGUAUAAAAGAUUUCUCAUCAUCAUUAGAUGAAGAAUUCGAUGGAUUAUCUCGAUUUAUUGCACUUGGAUAUUUUUUUAUUGAAAUGCUACAAUACGAUCGUGCAGAAGAACAUUUUCAAAAUAUUAUAGAUAAAAAUUUAACAAAAGACGAUCUUGAAUUAGCUUAUUGUUAUCAUGGACUUGCUCAAGUUAGCAAUGAAAAAGCAAACAAUCGUUUAGCUAUUGCACAUGCAAACCAAGCAUUAGAAUAUUUAUUGAAUAAUCCAGCGUUAAGUGAGAAUCGACUUGUAUCAUCAUGCUAUAAUGAAUUGGGAUCAGCUUAUACUCAUAAAAAAGAUUAUGUUUCUGCUCUUCAAUGUUUAUCCAAAGCUUUAUCAACACAUUCUGAUAAUAAUAAGAAUAAAGUGAAAACUUAUUCAAAUUUAGCAGAUGUCCAUUUUAAAAUGGCAAGUUAUCAAAUAGCAUUAGAAUAUUCUGAAAAAGUUCUUCAAUAUCAAUCGAAAACAUCUUAUGCGUUGAUUGGGAAUACAUACAAGGAGAUGGGGAAAGCUUAUGGAAAACUCAAUAAUAAAACAAAAGCAACAGAAUUUUUUGACAAAGCAAUUGAAUAUCAAUUGAAAGAACUACCUGCUGAACAUCCAGAUGUUUCCUGUACUUAUAAUGAUCUUGGAUUAAUCAUGUUAGAUUUUAAUAAUCAAGAAAAAGCUAUCGAAUAUUUUGAGAAAGCUCAUAAAUCACAGUUAGAAUCAUUGCCUAGUAAUCACCCUGAUUUUGCAAAUAUCCAUAGAAAUCUCUCUAAUUAUUACAUGAAACAAGACGAUUUAGACAAAGCAUUACUCCAUCAAGUAAAAGUAUCAGAAAAUCAAUUGAAAACAUUAUCGUCGAGUCAUGCAUCAGUAAUUGAUACAAAUCAAGCUAUGAAAGAUAUUUAUGUAAAACAGAAAGAUUAUAAACAAGCAUCAAUUUGCACUCUUCAAAUACUCGAUGCUCAAAUAGAAAGAAAACUUGGCGAUUCGUCACUAACUAUUUCGUAUCAAAAUCUUGAAGAUCUGGCUUUAGAUGAAUCCAAUUUAGAUCAAGCAUUAAGUUUGUGUCUUCGAGCACUUGAUCUUGAAUUAGAAACUAUAUUACAGCAAGAUUUUUCAUUAAUUUUUCUUUAUAAAGCCAUUGGCAAGAUUUUUUAUAAGAAACGUCAAUUAGACCAAUCAUUGGUGUAUUAUUAUCGUUUGCUUGAUUGUCAUUUACAAAAAAAACCAUUUAAUCAAUCAAAUAUUGAUAAAGUUUAUACUUAUAUUGGAAAGAUUUAUUUAAAAAAGUCUGAUUUCGAUAAAAUAUUAUUUUAUGAAAAAAUGAACACUAGCCCAUCAGUAAAUGAUUCAUGCAUGGAUUCACAUCAACUGAUUGAUAAUAUUUAUUUUAAAAAACGUCAUGCAAAACAAUCUUUUCAUUAUUUUGAAAAAGUUCUAGAUGCAAACUUAAAAAGUCAUUCGACCAACAAUUCAAUUCUCGUUAAAACAUAUUAUAUUUUAGCAAAUAUUUCUUUUGAACGAAAAAAAUUCGAUGAAGCUUUAAAAUAUUUUUUUCAAGUAUUAAAUAAUGAAGUAACACAAAAAUCAAUUCAUAAUCGAUUGUUGAAAAAUCUAUACAAAGCUAUUUCUACUAUUUAUUUGCAAAACAAUAAUUAUACUCAAUCGUUUAUUUAUUUAAAAAAAUUACUUAACAUACAACAAAAGCAAAAUCCUUCUGGAGAUGAGUCGUCUGCUCGUACAUGUGUACUUCUUGGCAAUAUGUAUGCUCAAAAAUCACAUACUAGUGAAGCAUUACAGUAUUACAAACUAGCAUUAUCUUAUUAUCAACAAAUACAUACAGUAGAUCAGUCAUUGAUUAACGCAGUGCAACUUAAAAUAAAUCAUUGUCAUUCACAUUUUCCUAACAUAUAA